CUUACCCUCUCUCUUUUAAUUCCUCUCCUUUGCUUAAAAAAAGGAAAAACCUAAAACUCAUAUUUAAGAUGGAAUAUAGUGAAGCAACUCCUGCUGCUACUCCUACUACUACUACAUCUUCUCCUCGAUCUCUUUCUCCUAAUUCUUCGAAUUCAUCGUCUCCUAGUACUCAUAUUGCUACUCCAACUCCACCGGUUGUUGUUAGCCCUUGUGCUGCUUGCAAGAUUUUAAGGAGAAGGUGUAGUGCUGAUAAAUGUCUCUUGGCACCUUAUUUUCCUCCUACUGAACCAGCCAAGUUUACCAUUGCUCAUCGUGUGUUUGGUGCUAGCAACAUAAUCAAGUUCUUGCAGGACCUUCCAGAGUCUCAAAGGGCUGAUGCGGUAAGCAGUAUGGUUUAUGAGGCUAGUGCAAGAAUCCGAGACCCAGUUUAUGGGUGUGCAGGGGCAAUUUGCCAGCUGCAAAAACUAGUUAAUGAGCUCCAAGCACAAUUAGCAAAAGCUCAAGCUGAAGUCGUCAACAUGCAGUUGCAGCAAGCAAACCUUGUGGCUUUACUUUGCAUGGAGAUGGCACAGUCUCCACAACCAAAUUCCCAGCAAUCCGUUGACACUUUCAUCAGCAGCCCACAAAGCUAUCAGAGCAACCCAAACUUCAUGGAAGACAACAACUUAGGGUCACUAUGGGAGCCUCUCUGGACAUGAUUAAUGCUCAAAUAUAAAUCACUACAGAGCAUAGCUGCUUCCAUAAAUUAAGUUCCCAUGAAACUCUCCUAACUCUAAGCUAAUGGCUCCAGAGAAGGAGACGUUGAAGGACAUUAAACUAAUAAAUUUAACUCAGUAAUAUAGGUUAUAAUGUAAAAAAAUGGCAUCAAGCAAGUUUGGGAUUCAAAUCUUAGUACUUGCAGAUCCUUCCUUUAGUUUACAACUACGAUUUCCUUUAUAUAAAAUAUAUAUGAAGAAAUGCAAGUUUAGGAUCUAAUCACUUUGUUAAAGCUAAGACGAAGUAGAUAGGUCUUUUUCCGCAGAGA